AAUACCUGUUGGACUCAAUCGUGCACAAGUUGAAGCGCAGAGAAGACGUUUCCCAUUUAGCUUUUGUGCUAAAAAAAGGUUAAUCAACAAAAAAUUCAAGUUUCAAUAGUCUGUGCAAAGAGUGCAAAGCAAACAGAGCAGCGGAAAUAAAGAGAGAGUGAAAAAACAACUCUCAUUCGAUAUGUGGAAGAUUCUAUUGGUUUGUAUUGUCGCAGUUUUCGUAAUGACCGCAGACGGAGCACGUAAUCGCAAGCGAUAUGCCAGCGGAUAUGCAGGAAGUAGUGCUGGCAGCUAUGCUGGAGCAGGUGGUAACGCCGGAGGCUAUGGCGGUGGUUAUGACGAUUACGAUUAUGGAUAUGCACCCGAUUUUGGUUUCAUAGAUCCAUACCUAUUCCAUCAACAGCUGACUGCCCAAAUUCUAGCCAACCAUGCCGCACAGCAUCACGCUAUUGCUUCGGUUUAUUCUUCCGGCCAAGCUAUGGCCACUGCUGAUGCAUCUCUUUUGCCUGACGACAAACGUAUUCAGCAACAAAUUGCUCAACAACAGGCGUACUUCCAAAAUGCUAACCGUCCCAGCUACUAUGGUGGUGGCAACAGGUACGGCGCAUCCAAUCGUUACGCACCCAAUCAUGCUAUCGCUGCAGCAUCCAUAGGACCUGGUGGAUCUUAUCACACUGCCAAUAUCAGUCCAGAAAAUCCGGAUGUCCCGAAUAUAACCAAUCGCUUUGGUGGACCAUCGUCUCCGGGCGGCUACAAAGGUGUUUCGGUUAGCUCCUUUUCGAGUAGCUCCGACAUUAAUGGUCAGAAGACAAGUCAGCGCGGCGCGCAGACUACAAUCAACGACAAUGGCAAAAUCACCACAUAUAGGGUGCAAUCUUAAAUUCUACGAAAUACUUAUAAAACAAAUUUUUAUACUAAAUAUAAAGCAAUACACUAUAAGUAUUUAUUAUUAUUUGUAUAGCUUUGUAAAGAAAUAUUCGUAAAUGUAUCUUAUUGGGGUAGCUUUAAGCUUCAAAUCAUUAUUUAUGUCGGGCAGUCUUGAAAUACAUAAGCAAACAUACUUUGUGAGUGAAAA